AUGACUUGUGUAGCGGUUGCAGUGCUUGCUCUAUCGCUGCUCUGCUUCACCUUGACGGGGGCGGCGGCUCUGCCACUGCUGCAGUACCCCUUCGCAAGAUGGCGCCUGAUGAAUUGCCGCCCGAGUGCCGUGGAUUGGGACGAGUGCCACCCAGAAAGUUACAAGACCACGGUGUUUGUUUUUGCCAUUCCGGGUUUCUUCGUGGGCGGUGUUGUGGCCCUCACUGUGUUCCUCUACCUGAUCGGCAAGUACGUCUUUGAUUGCUGCGGGGGCCGUAAACAGUCCCCAAGACCCUGCUUCCCGCUGCGGGGUCACGCGGCAAAGUACAGCAGGGAAGAUCUUAUCCGUCCUGUCUUGUGGGCAGUGGGGGUCUUUUGCGUGUGCGUGGUGGCCUGUGCAUGGGGGUGCACGUCUCAACACCGACUGCUCUCGCAGUUGAGGGAACUUCACACCAUGCCACAACUCGCCAUUCAACAUGUUGAGAGUCUGAAUUCGGAGUUUUUAGAAAAGAUGAAUAUCACCCUUUACAACGCUAGUGGGGACGUGACGUAUUCCCUGUCCCUGCUCAGUUUGAACCCGGGGGAGGACCUUCGUGCGGCGAUCUGCAAGCGCCCCGAAGCCCUCGCGAACAUGCUUAAUCUGACAGUUGUCAGUCUCUUUGACGCCAUCGCCCGGUUUUCCUGGGCGCCGUACGUGUUAUUUUGCGUCACGUUGGGAGUCGCCUUUGUGGGGAUGCUAUUUGCCCUCUGCCACUGUCGCCGUUAUGCGUCCAUGUCUGUCUUCUUCACUAUGGCAUUGCUCGCGGUGGUGGCGUGGGGUUUUAACGGCCUCUACUCCGCCUCCUCAUUUCUGGUCGAAGAAAGUUGUUUUGAGUUAACGGAGUUUACGGAGCGCCGCACAAAUGUCCUAACGGCAGUUACCAAAUGCAAUAACACUGUUUUUGACGCCCGCAGUGCCGCCUUCGAGGAUAUUUUCCUUCAGCUGUCACGGCGGAUUUGCGAGGAACUGCAGCCGUACUGCUACGAUGAAAAUGAGGCGCCCGCCAUGAACUUGGCACAGAAGAAGGUCUUCGCCUGCCCCGCGCGCAUGGUGUGCAAGGAGGUCAUCGGCGCGGAAGUGAUGUCGUGGGCGCGGACGGCGCUGUUCACGGCAACCCAGAUAACAGCGUCUUCCCCAGACAUGGCGGCGGCCCAGAGAGAAGGGUAUACGUGUGUCCCCAGCCCCGCGACGAACUGCGAUCUACAGGCGUGCUCUGCGACCUGCAGCAAGGAAGGCGCUCUCAGCGAGGUUGGCAGGGUGGCCAAAAGGGCGCUCUACGCCAUCAACGGGUUAGCGGAGGCAAGGUUUGCCUUUGACACCCUCAACAGCCAAUUGAGCAGUUGCACCGCCAUUCUAGAGGGCGUGGCUCCCUCGUUCCAGCCUUUUUGCAAAGGAGCCGCUGACGCCACGUAUAAUUUGAUGCAAAGCACUGGUUUGUUGGGCGUAACACUAAUUUUCUCUUUGUACACGUAUGCAAUUGGCGCAAAGCGCUUCAUUCCGUGCAGCGAGGCAUUACUACCACAGAGGGAUUAA